CCCUGACCCUAACUGGUGUUUCAUCUCCCAUAGCCGUCCGAUGAAAGAGGGGAACAACGGUUAACAGAUUCAGUUUCAUUCACUGGCGUCGCUUCCUCCUUCCUUCCACCUUCCAAUUCCAUCAUCAUUCUCUUCCUCUUUUUCCUAUUUUAAUUUAUUUAUUCUUCACCCACCCACCACUCAGAAAAUAGAGAGAAAAAAAAAAAUAAAAAUAAAAAAGACAGUGAGCGAGUGAGUGUGAGUGAGAAAGAGGAGAUGGAAUUGGCAAUGAAGGUAGCUGAGGCCGUCCAUGUGUUGAACCACGAUACCCAAUCGUGCAACCGCGUCGCAGCCAAUCAGUGGCUCGUUCAGUUCCAACAAACUCACGCCGCCUGGGACGUCGCCACCAACAUCCUCACCGCCGAUCGCCGCCACACCACCAAUUUCGAGGUCGAGUUCUUCGCCGCACAGAUUCUCAAACGCAAGAUACAAAAUGAAGGUUAUCAACUGCAAUUGGGAGCUAAGGAUGCUUUGUUAAAUGCUCUUCUUCUUGCAGUCCAAAGAUUCAGUAGUGGCCCUCCCCAGCUCUUAACGCAGAUUUGUCUUGCACUAUCUGCUCUCAUACUUCAAGUUGUUGCACAUGGAAACCCGAUUGAGCAGCUUUUUUACAGUCUCCAGAAUCUGCAGAGCCAGGAUGGUGGCAAUAUGGCUGUCCUCGAGAUGCUCACUGUCCUCCCAGAGGAAGUUGUUGACAGCCAACGUAUUGACUCUAAAAUGAGUUCAUUGCACAAAAGCCACUAUACCCAGGAGCUUCUCUCCCAUACGUCUAUGGUUCUUGAGUUCUUGCGGCAGCAAUCUGAAAUAAAUUCUGAUGGUUCUGUGCAACAUCAUGAAAGGAACAAGAAAAUUUUGCGCUGCUUUUUGAGCUGGAUUAGGGCAGGUUGCUUCUCCGAGAUUUCUUCAGGAACAUUACCAGCUCACCCACUUCUAAAUUUUGUAUUCAACUCCUUACAGGUUCCUUUGACAUUUGAUCUGGCCAUUGAAGUUCUUGUUGAACUUGGGACUAAACAUGAGGGAUUGCCCCAAAUUUUGUUAUGCAGAGUACAUUACCUGAAGGAAGUACUUCUUUUUCCAGCUCUGACUAGGGGAGACAUGAAAGUAAUUGGUGGCGUAGCGUGCCUCUUGUCAGAAAUUGGGCAGGCUGCUCCAUCUCUAAUUGUCGAAGCAAAUGCAGAAGCCCUUGCACUGGCAGAUGCGCUCCUGAGCUGUGUAGCAUUUCCAUGUGAAGAUUGGGAGAUUGCAGACUCAACCCUGCAGUUUUGGUCUACUCUUGCGAGCUAUAUACUUGGAAUUGAUGAAGAUGACAGAGAAAGUAGAAAACACGCGGAAGACAUUUUUUCACCUGUGUUCUCAGCAUUACUUGAUUCACUGUUAUUGCGUUCUCAGGUGGAUGACUCUACAUAUAAUGAUGAGGGAAGAGUGAUUGAUUUACCUGAUGGGCUUGUCCAUUUCAGAAUGAACCUAGUAGAACUUUUGGUGGAUAUAUGUCAUAUGUUAGGAUCUUCUAUAUUUAUGCAAAAGCUCUUUAUUGGUAGGUGGGCAUCUCAGAAUCCAUCAAUCCCUUGGAAGGAAGUGGAAAGCAAGCUUUUUGCGCUUAAUGCUGCUGCCGAUGUGAUCAUACAGGAUGGCCAAAGUUACGGUUUCUCUGUAAUCAUGCAGUUGGUGACCAUGUUGUCCACUAAGCCUUCUGAUGGCUUAAAGGGUUUCAUUUGCAUUGUAUACAGAUCUCUAGCGGAUGCUAUUGGUUCUUAUUCCAAGUGGGUAUCUGCUUUUAAGGAAAAUUUUAGACCCUUGCUAUUAUUUCUUGCUAUUGGGAUUUCAGAGCCUCUUUCUUCAAAUGCUUGCGCAUCUGCCCUGCGUAAAAUCUGUGAAGAUGCUUCAGUAGUAAUUUAUGAACCUUCAAAUUUGGAGAUUUUAAUGUGGAUUGGAGAGGGCCUCGAGAAGUGGCAUUUAUCAUUGGAAGAUGAGGAAGAAGUUAUGCAGGCAAUAAGUUUGGUCCUUGGUUCUGUUCCCAAUCAAGAACUAAAGAGCAACUUAUUGGCUAGAUUGCUUUCAUCCAGUUAUGAAGCUAUUGGGAAGCUUGUUGAUCCAGAUAAGAGCCUUUCUCUUAAACAGAACCCUGCUUCUUACACACAAAUUUUGAGUGCAGCCUCUAGAGGAUUGCACAGAAUGGGAACUAUAUUCAGUCAUCUUCCCAUAUCGGUGGCGACUGAACCUGAGGCAGAUGAAUUAAUACUUUCACUGCUUAGAGUUUUCUGGCCCAUCUUGGAGAAAAUUUUUAGUUCUGAGCAUAUGGAGAGUGGCAAUUUAUCCAUAGCAGCUUGCCGGGCCCUUUCACUAGCUAUUCAAUCUUCAGGUCAGCAUUUUGUGACACUACUGCCCAAAGUGUUAGAUUGGCUUUCCACAAAUUUUGUUUCAUUCCAAAGUCAUGAGUGUUAUAUAAGAACUGCUUCCAUUGUCAUUGAAGAAUUUGGUCACCGAGAGGAGUAUGGACCUUUAUUUGUCACCAUGUUUGAAAGAUUUACCCAUGCAACUUCUGUAAUGGCUCUAACUUCCUCUUACAUAUGUGACCAAGAACCUGACUUGGUGGAGGCCUACACCAAUUUCACAUCCACGUUUAUUCGUUCCUGUAACAAGGAUACUCUUUCAGCAUGUGGUUCUCUUCUUGAAGUUUCUAUCCAGAAAGCAGCUAUAUGUUGCACAGCCAUGCACCGCGGUGCUGCGCUAGCUGCGAUGUCAUAUUUAUCUUGUUUCUUAGAUGUGGGCCUUGUCUCUUUGUUAGAGUGUAUGAAUUGUAUUAUUGAGGAGUCAUUCAACAACACGGCCAUUCAUGUCAUAUCUCACAGCGGAGAGGGGCUUGUAUCUAAUGUGGUGUAUGCUUUACUCGGUGUGUCUGCUAUGUCGCGGGUUCAUAAGUGUGCAACAAUUUUGCAACAACUGGCGGCAAUUUGUACUUUAUCCGAAAGAACAACAUGGAAGGCUAUACUUUGCUGGCAGACUUUUCACGGGUGGCUGCAAUCAGCGGUUCAGGCUCUUCCUGUGGAAUACCUAAACCAUGGAGAAGCAGAAACCAUAGUUCCACUCUGGUCAAAGGCCCUUACUGAUGCAGCUACUGAUUAUAUUGAGAGCAAGAACUCUGAUGGAGUGAAGAGUAAUUUUGGACACAUGCAAGGAAAGGGUGGGAGAGUUUUGAAGCGUCUGGUUCGGGAAUUCGCUGAUGCUCAUCGAAAUAUUCCAAAUCUGACUUGAGGACUGCGUGAACAUGUUAGAUCAGUCUCUAACUUCUGUGUUUCAGCAUGCAGGUUCAAUAGUUGACGGGGCAACCUGUAUCAUUUGUUGUAAAUUGAUGAGGUAUGUAUAGUCGCAUAUGUGGUCCUCUGUGGUGCCCUACCAUUCUGACAUGCCUCUCCAUUUUCCAUUGCCAUUUCUUCUGUAUUUCUCCCAUCUGUACAGUAAUGUCCACAAUUUUGACCCUCAAAAAGCAGGUUAGAAAGGACACCCCCUUCCUUUUUUUUCUUUCAAAUUGUACAGGAUGGAUAUCCAUGAAGGAACAUCCGCUGGUGGAAUUAGAGGUUUUGAAGAAAAGGAAAUUAAUGACAUCUAAAGUCAUUUUUGCUGUACCACAUGAAACAGCUUGAAUAAUUAUAAUAGAAGUAGCUGUUUUUCUUGUUGUAUAAUAAUUUCUUUUAGAAAAAAUGGAUGGUUGGUGCAGUAACUAAAUAGCCAUUAUUAGCAAGAGUUGCAUUUUGUUGUAAGCUGAACUUGCUGGUUAGAUGAAAUGCAGUGAGAGAAAGAAAUGAAAACAAUUAAAAACCAGGGGGUCUUACAAUUUGAAAUUAGAUGAUCAAUUACCCUAUCAA